AGGAGAAACUUAAUCUGUCCGCAAACAGCUGAAGUCUGCGCAUCGCGCUGCACCUGCGCUUUGUUCUGACGCGCACGAACACGAUUCAGUUCCGCGCUGUCGCUCGGCGCACCGUCCGUUGGUUUUUGCGCACCGUCGGUUGUCCACAUUGAGACCACUUCGUGCGUCCCGGCAGCGCGUGACACAUGGCUGAGGUCGGGAAAGGGGUCAACGCCGGGAAACUGGCCGUCAACGUCCAGAAGCGGCUGAGCAGAGCGCAGGAGAAGGUUUUGCAGAAACUUGGAAAAGCGGAUGAGACUCGAGAUGCCGUCUUUGAGGAGAUGUUGGGCAACUUCAACAAACAAAUGGCUGAUGGAACCAAACUGCAGAAGGACCUGAAGGCGUACGUGGUCGCCGUCAAAACGAUGCACGAUGCGUCUCGCCGGCUGCAGGACUGUCUGGCUGACAUCUACGAUCCCGAGUGGUUUGGAAAAGGGGAGGUGGAUUCCCUGGCAGAGGACACAGACACUCUGUGGUUGGACUACCACCAGAACAUCACGGACAAGUCUUUGACCUGCGUGAACUCGUACCUGGCUCAGUUUCCAGACAUUAAGGCCCGCAUCGCAAAGCGUGACAGGAAGCUGGUGGACUUUGAUAGUGCGAGGCAUCAUUUCUCCUCUUUACAGAAAGGAAAGAAGAAGGACGAGGCCAAGAUCGCCAAGCCUGCGGCCCUGUUGGAGAUGGCGGCUCCCAGCUGGGCUCAGGGUUUGAUAUCAGCCCACCAGGUGGCUCAGACUAACCUCAGCUACAACCAGGCGGAGGAGGAGCUGGGUCGAGCUCAGAAGGUCUUUGAGGAACUGAAUGUGGAACUUCAAGAUGAACUUCCAGCCCUGUGGGACAGUCGUGUUGGCGUCUAUGUUAACACAUUCCAGAGCCUGGCAGGUCAGCAGGAGAAGUUCCACAGAGAGGUGGGCAAGCUCAGCCAAAACCUGAAUGACAUCAUGACCAAACUGGAAGAACAGCGGCAGGAGAAAAAAGGUGCUACUGCAGCAGGAAAGACAUCAGAUGCUGGGAAGAGUGAGGAUGCCAAUCACAGUCAGUCCACCGUCUCAUCACCAAAGAGACCCGGUCGGCUUCCACCCAGACUGAUGCCGUCUCCUGACCAGAGACAGCAGCACACCGGCGUGAUGUGGGAUGAGGCCUCGAAGUCUGACGCUGACGCCGCCCCACAGAAUUUGGUGGGAAACAGUGAACUUCCUCCAGGAUUCCUCUAUAAGGUCAAAGCGAUACAUGAUUAUACCGCCACCGAUGGCGAUGAGCUGGAACUAAAGAUUGGAGACGUUGUGCUGGUUGUGGCCUUUGAUAACCCUGAUGAGCAGGAUGACGGCUGGCUGAUGGGGACGAAGGAGUCUCACUGGUUGCAGAAACGAGAUCUAUCGGCCAAAGGAGUUUUUCCUGAGAACUUUACCCAGAAGGUUUGAAGUUAGUGUCACAUAAAGAUUAUUUUGGUCCUGUGCUCCAAAACGGCUCCUUUAUGACAUCUGUCAGAUAAAAACACAAAAUGUUAGCUAAAUGUCAAUCUAUGAGCCUGUGUUUAGUCAAAACAUAUAAAAAGUAUUACGUGGAUGAAGAACUCGUUUAAAAUGUUUGAGUUAUUUAGAUUUAUUAAUUCCUGACAUAUUUUGAAAUAAUUCUGAUCUCAGACGGCCUUCCAAAGAGCUUGCUAGAAGUAUUUUUAAAAGGAGAAACGAGUCGAUGUACUGUAUGACUGUCAAAAUAUUUUAUAACAUGUUAACAAAAAAAAAGUUUGGACAUUUUCAUUUGCAUGAGGUGUUUGUUUGUACUGUCACUUCUUUUAUUACACAAUAAACACUGUGACACCA